GUGAUGACAUUUGUCUCUAUAUAUAUCCAUGAAUAGAUUAAUUGAUCUCAUGAACUCAAUUUUUGUGCAAUCUCACUACUCACCCACCAUUUUACCAAUUUACAUACACUUCAAGCUUACCUUCCAUUCCAGUCCAGUAAUAAGUAACCCAUUUCAAGGCAGUGUCACCAGCCCAAUAUUUACUUUACAUACAAGAUUCUCUCUCGACGAACACCUAUUCGUUUUGUCUUUGCGACUUGUCAUCAUUUUAGCGCAUUCAACACAAAACCCAGAUGUUGAAAUGCCCUUAUUGCAAUUCGAUCUCACAUUUCUAAACACAUUCAUAUUCAUACACUUCGUCACCCAACUCCCCCAAUUUCAAUCACAUUCUUUGGCUCUUCCCCUAAAGCAUUAUUGAUCAUAUCUAUUAUGGGAAUGAGCCACUUGGUCACUGAAUUCUCUGCUUUAUUAUUAUGGUCACCCACCACUAUGCAUUGGCCCAGAAACAAUCUUUUGGGGGGGUUCCAGGAUAUACCCACAUUGGAACUAGCUUCAAUUUGCAUAAACUUGACAUUGUUCCUCGUGUUUCUCUUGAUUGUAUUGGCUCGACAAAUACGCAUUUGUGUAGGUAGAAUUCGAAUCUUCAAGGAAGAUUCAAAUGCUAAUUCAGGCCACAGUGCUGAUGGUGAAAUUCGGAGUAUUGAAAUUGGUAGUGGAUACAAAGCUUCACUGUUUUGUUGCUUUUAUGUGUUGUUUUUGCAAGCACUGGUUUUAGGGUUUGAUUGUGCUGGUUUGAUAAGAAAUGCUUCACAUGGGGAGGGUACAAAUUGGACUCUUGUGAUUUUGCCUGCAUCUCAGGGUUUAGCUUGGUUUGUGCUGAGCUUUUCAGCCCUUCAUUGUAAAUUCAAGGUCUCUGAGAAAUACCCAUGUUUGUUGAGAGUGUGGUGGGUUGUGUCUUUUGUCAUUUGUUUGUCUACUUUGUAUACUGAUGGGAAAGAAUUUCUAGCACAAGGUUCAAAACACUUGAGGAGUCGUCAUGUUUUGGCAAACUUGGCAGCAGCCCCGGCCCUUGCUUUCCUCUGUUUUGUUGCAACUAGGGGUGUCACUGGUAUACAACAAGUAUGCCAAAACUCUGAUCUUCAAGAGCCAUUGCUGCCUGAAGAAGUAGAAGUAGAAGUAGAAGUAGAAGUAGAAGUAGAAGUAGAAGAAGUAGAAGAAGAAGCAGGGUGUCUUAAGGUUACCCCUUAUAGUGAAGCAGGGUUCUUUAGUUUGGCCACACUUUCCUGGUGAACCUUGAACCCACUUCUUUCAUUAGGUGCAAAGAGACCACUUGAGCUCAAGGACAUUCCACUUCUUGCAACGAAAGAUCGUUCCAAGACCAAUUACAAGAUUUUGAACGUGAAUUGGGAGAAGUUGAAGACUGAAAGUCCUCUGAAACAGCCAUCUUUACCUUGGGUUAUUCUCAAGUCUUUCUGGAAGGAGGCAGCUCGUAAUGCCAUUUUUGCAGGCUUGAAUACUCUGGUUUCUUAUGUGGGUCCAUGCAUGAUUAGCUACUUUGUGGAUUACUUAGAGGGAAAUAAUACUUUCCCUCAUGAGGGUUAUAUUCUUGCUGGAAUAUUCUUCACGUCAAAGUUGGCGGAGACCUUAUUGACUCGACAGUGGUAUCUUGGGGUUGACAUUUUGGGAAUGCACGUGAGGUCAGCUCUAACGGCAAUGGUGUAUCGUAAGGGACUCAGGCUCUCGAGCUUGGCAAAGCAAAGUCACACCAGUGGGGAGAUUGUUAACUACAUGGCAGUUGAUGUUCAGAGAGUGGGGGACUACUCUUGGUAUCUCCAUGACAUUUGGAUGCUUCCUAUGCAAAUCAUUCUUGCCCUUGCCAUUCUGUAUAAGAAUGUUGGGAUUGCCUCUGUAGCAACCUUGAUUGCGACCAUUAUUUCCAUCGUUGUAACUGUUCCAUUGGCGAGGCUUCAGGAAGAUUAUCAAGACAAGUUAAUGGCUGCCAAGGAUGAUAGGAUGAGGAAGACUUCUGAGUGUCUUAGGAACAUGAGAAUUCUCAAGCUUCACGCUUGGGAGGAUAGGUACCGAGCGAAGCUGGAGGAGAUGAGGAACGUGGAAUUUAAGUAUCUUCAGAAAGCUCUUUACUCUCAGGCUUUUAUUACAUUCAUUUUUUGGAGCUCCCCUAUAUUUGUUUCGGCUGUGACUUUUGGUACUUGCAUAUUGUUGGGGGGUCAGCUUACAGCAGGUGGGGUUCUUUCUGCUCUGGCCACUUUCAGGAUCCUCCAAGAACCGCUCAGGAAUUUCCCUGAUCUCGUGUCUAUGAUGGCUCAGACAAAAGUGUCUCUUGAUCGAAUUUCUGGGUUCCUUCUGGAAGAGUUGCAGGAGGAUGCAACCAUCCUUAUACCACGAGGCUUCACGAAUGUGGCAAUUGAAAUUACAGAUGGCAAGUUCUGCUGGGAUCCUUCUUCUCCAAAGCCAACGUUAGCGGGCAUCCAAAUGAAGGUGGAGAAGGGGAUGCGCGUGGCUGUCUGUGGCAUGGUUGGUUCUGGGAAAUCAAGCUUUCUUUCUUGCAUCCUUGGUGAGAUUCCAAAAAUCUCCGGCGAAGUUAGGGUAUGUGGUUCUGCUGCUUAUGUCUCUCAAUCAGCUUGGAUACAAUCGGGAAAUAUAGAAGAAAAUAUACUUUUUGGUAGCCCAAUGGAUAACGCAAAGUACAAGAAUGUGAUCCAUGCUUGUUCACUGAAAAAAGAUCUUGAGCUUUUCCCACAUGGAGAUCAGACCAUCAUUGGUGAUAGAGGCAUAAAUCUGAGUGGUGGCCAGAAGCAACGUGUGCAGCUUGCUAGGGCACUUUAUCAAAAUGCAGACAUUUAUUUACUUGAUGAUCCCUUCAGUGCUGUUGAUGCACACACUGGCUCAGAAUUAUUUAAGGAAUACAUAUUGACAGCGCUAGCCUCUAAGACUGUGAUUUUUGUAACCCAUCAAGUUGAAUUUUUGCCUGCUGCUGAUAUGAUACUGGUUCUUAAGGACGGCUGCAUUAUUCAGGCUGGCAAAUAUGAUGAACUUUUACAGGCAGGAACUGAUUUUGAAACUUUGGUGUCAGCUCACCAUGAAGCAAUUGACUCUAUGGAUAUUCCCAAUCACUCACUUGAAGAUUCAGUUGAAAGCAAUCCUUGUGAUGGGUCUGUUCUAUUGAGUAAAAAAUGUGUUACAAUUGGAAAUCGUAUUAACAGUUUGGCGAAGGAAGUACAAGAGGGUGUAUCAAUUCCAGACCAGAAAGCAAUUAAAGAGAAAAAGAAUACAAAACAUUCAAGGAAAAAGCAGCUUGUUCAGGAGGAGGAGAGGGAGAGAGGAAAAGUCAGCAUGAAAGUGUACUUAUCAUAUAUGACCGCAGCAUAUAAAGGCUUAUUGAUCCCGCUCAUCAUUCUUGCACAAACACUAUUUCAGGUGCUUCAAAUAGCUAGUAAUUGGUGGAUGGCUUGGGCAAAUCCACAAACACAGGGGGACCAACCUAGAACAAGUAGUAUGGUCCUUCUUGUUGUUUAUAUGGCCCUUGCUUUUGGGAGCUCAUGGUUUAUAUUUGUGCGGGCUCUACUUGUAGCUACAUUUGGUCUUGCAGCUGCACAAAAAUUGUUUUUAAAAAUGCUUGGAAGUGUGUUUCGAGCACCAAUGUCCUUCUUUGACUCCACUCUAGCUGGAAGGAUCUUGAAUCGUGUGUCAAUUGAUCAAAGUGUUGUCGAUCUUGAUAUUGCUUUUAGACUUGGUGGGUUUGCUGCAACAACAAUCCAGCUGCUUGGUAUAGUUGGUGUAAUGACAAAAGUUACCUGGCAAAUCUUGCUCCUUGCUAUCCCAAUGGCCAUUGCUUGCUUGUGGAUGCAGAAAUACUACAUGACUUCAUCAAGGGAACUGGUCCGCAUUGUUAGCAUCCAGAAAUCUCCAAUCAUCCAUCUUUUUGGGGAGUCGAUUGCUGGAGCAACCACAAUUAGAGGAUUUGGGCAAGAAAAGCGGUUCAUGAAGAGGAACACCUAUCUUCUUGAUUGUUUUGGUCGCCCAUUCUUCUACAGUCUUGCAGCCAUUGAGUGGCUAUGCUUACGCAUGGAGUUACUCUCGACCUUUGUAUUUGCUUUCUGCAUGGUUUUACUUGUCAGCUUCCCUCAGGGACAUAUAGAUCCAAGCAUGGCAGGCCUGGCUGUGACAUAUGGACUUAACUUGAAUGCACGACUAUCACGGUGGAUACUUAGCUUUUGCAAGCUUGAAAACAAAAUUAUUUCUAUAGAAAGGAUUCAUCAGUACUGCAAAAUCCCUAGUGAAGCUCCAUCAAUUAUUGAGGAUUCUCGUCCACCAUUGUCGUGGCCAGAGAAUGGAAAGAUUGAAUUGAUUGAUUUAAAGGUUCGUUACAAUGAGAAUCUUCCUAUGGUGCUUCAUGGCAUAACCUGCACAUUUCCUGGUGGGAAGAAGAUUGGAAUUGUUGGGCGUACUGGAAGUGGUAAAUCUACAUUGAUCCAGGCAUUGUUCAGAUUGAUUGAGCCCGUAGACGGCAGAAUUAUUAUAGAUAAUAUUGAUAUUUCAACAAUUGGUCUUCAUGACCUCCGUAGCCGUCUAAGUAUUAUACCCCAAGAUCCAAACUUAUUUGAAGGGACCAUUAGGGGCAACCUUGAUCCCCUCCAUGAGCACUCAGAUCAAGAAAUUUGGCAGGCACUUGAGAAGUCUCAGCUAGGGGAUAUUGUUCGCCAGAAAGAGAAAAAGCUAGAUACACCAGUUCUAGAGAAUGGAGAUAAUUGGAGUGUUGGGCAGCGGCAACUUGUUUCCCUUGGCCGGGCUUUACUAAAACAGACAAGAAUUUUGGUUCUUGAUGAAGCCACUGCUUCAGUUGAUUCAGCUACAGAUAAUCUUAUCCAGAAGAUCAUCCGAACAGAGUUUAGGGACUGCACUGUGUGCACUAUUGCUCAUCGUAUCCCAACUGUUAUUGACAGCGAUCUGGUUCUGGUCCUCAGUGAUGGUCGAGUGACAGAGUUUGAUAGUCCAGCACGGUUAUUAGAUGACAAGUCUUCCAUGUUUCUUAAGUUGGUGUCAGAGUACUCAUCUAGAUCAACUAGCAUACCCAAUUUUGAAUUAGAUGGCAUGCCCCCAAAACCUUAAAAAGCUUACAUACAAGCAAGAAGAGUGGAGCAGAAAAUGAACCGGCUCCUGCUGCUUCAUUCGGCGCAUGGAAAAAGACAAAAAGAGGUAUGCGGCAUGCUGUCAGAUAAAAAAAUUAUAAUAAAAUAAAAUAAAAUUAGGGAAACUAGUUUUCAAGAUCAAGUGAUUAUAAGAUAAUUUUCUAAUUUCCCCGUUUUAAGCACGAUUGUGCUGGCAAUACACUCUGUAACAAACAUAAAGAUGGGCCAGCAGAAGAGAGGGAAAAUAAUCACUCAAAGCAUAAAUGGGGGG